CGCAGCCCGAACGCCAUGGAGCAGCCCCGGAAGGCGGUGGUGGUGACGGGGUUUGGUCCUUUUGGGGAGCACACCGUGAACGCCAGCUGGAUUGCAGUCCAGGAGCUGGAGAAGCUGGGCCUGGGCGACAGCGUGGACCUGCACGUGUAUGAGAUUCCCGUCGAGUACAAGACAGUCCAGAGGCUCAUCCCCGCCCUGUGGGAGAAGCACAGCCCACAGCUCGUGGUGCACGUGGGCGUGUCGGGCAUGGCAACCACAGUCACGCUGGAGAAGUGCGGCCACAACAAGGGCUACAAAGGGCUGGACAAUUGCCGCUUUUGCCCCGGCUCCCAGUGCUGCGUGGAGGAUGGGCCCGAAAGCAUCGACUCCAUCAUCGACAUGGACGCCGUGUGCAAGAGGCUCACGACGCUGGGCCUGGACGUGUCGGUGACCAUCUCGCAAGAUGCCGGCAGGUACCUCUGUGACUUCACCUACUACACCUCUCUGUACCAGAGUCACGGCCGCUCAGCCUUCGUCCACGUGCCUCCACUGGGCAAGCCGUACAACGCAGACCAGCUGGGCCGGGCGCUGCGGGCCAUCAUCGAGGAGAUGCUGGGUGUCCUGGAGCAGUCCGAGGGCAACACCCACUGUCGCCACGAACACUGAGAGCCACGCAGGCCUCCCCAGGCCCCGUCCUACCAGGGACCCAGGAGGAGGCAAACUUCCAGCCGGUGAUCUGAUUCGGAUCAGAUAUUCCUACGUCCAUACCUCCUCUCCCUUUGGAUCUGCAAAAGUGCUGAUGGGUGUGAAGGAGGCUGCUGCAGAUUUUUUCUCUGUUUCCCUUUGCAUCUGGGGAGGUGGCCACGAUGUCUGGAGACCCUUGGGUGCGGAUUUCCGAAGAGAAUCCUGAUUGGGUUUAUCUCCACGCUGCGAUCCCACGACGGGGGCACCUGCACACCUGCUUCUUCGGGCUCUGGUGAAGGGAUUUCGGAGUCCCCUCCAUCCCAUGACUGGUUUUCCCUGUAAAAGCCUCUCCAGGAGUCUGCCCUGAUCCAUGUCCCAACAGCCUGGACAGCCUUGGGCUAUGCCGUGACAUUGUUAUUUUCAAAAUUCUAUUCUCUCUCUCUCUCUCUUUUUUAAAUUAAUUGUUGAGAGAGAGAGAGAAGGGGGAGAGAGAAACACUGAUUUGUUGUUCCACUUAUUUAUGCACUCAUUGGUUGCUGUUUGUACGUGCCCUGACGGGGGAUUGCACCCGCAACCUUGACAUAUCCGGACGGCGCUCUAACCAAAUGAGCUCCCCGGCCAAGGCCUUACUCUCUUUUUGGACACAAUAGUGCUAGUUUGGGCACAGAGUAAUUUAUAUUCCCUUUGGUUAAAACACAGGCUGUCCCGAACGCUGGACCUGCAUCUUUGUUUGGGGACUGACAUUGACCUUGCUUGGGUUUGGGGACUGAGGGGGGGGGUGGGCGAGGAGGGUCUGCUGCCCCAGGAGAUUGAAGGGUGUGCUGAUCCUUUCAACACCCACGCUGUGAGCUCUGGAGCGGGGCCCACCAGUGGAAAGGCCGACUUUGCCAUCUUGACAUGCACAUGAUUUUUUUUUUUUUUUUAAUAUGUAAAAAUUUGUAGCAGCUGAAAACCCACCGCACAUCUGGCCUGGAUUUUUGCAGCUUUGGUGCUAGGGACCAGCUUCCUGUUCCUUUAGGGGGCGCCCAAAGCCAGGCCUGGGGGUGGAGUUUGCCAAGCUCCAGGUGUGCUGGCGCAUUGACCAGCGGGCUUUUGUGGAGAUGGGUUUUGGAGUCGCCCCCAGAUUCAGGGGUACAUUUUUAUCUCCCUCCCUGGUGACUUUGGACUUACAGCCAGGGACGAGCGUGACAUUUCCCAGGAGGCAACUAACUUCAGCUGUGCCUUGGCACCGUCAGGACAGGGCGGCAGCAGCAACCAUGAAGCCAAUCGAGAAAAAUACAUGUUUUGGAAGAAUUCUCUUUUUUUGGAGAACAUGUGGUUUUAUCAUUUCCCUAAGUGUGAAGCAAACUAGAAUCUGAUGCUGUAUCGGAUCCCAUCGAUAUCCCCACAUGCAGGUUUUUGUUUGUUUUUUUGUUUUUAAUUUUUUACUUACUGAUUUUUAGAGA